UUAAAUUCCUUCGUAAUUGGCAUAAAAUCUCUCCGUAACCCUAGCUAUCGGAGUGUUCUCCGGCGACGUGAUGGCUGAGAAAUUAGCACCAGAAAGACGCCACAGCUUUGUCCAUGGAGGGAAGAAGGUUUUUGAAUGGGAUCAGAACCUGGAUGAAGUGAACAUAUACAUUGAUCUCCCACCAGAUGUUCCGAAGAAGCUCUUCUACUGCAAGAUUGUUUCCCAGCACAUUGAAGUCAGCAUCCGCGGCAAUCCGCCUUACCUGAAUCACGAUCUUGCCGCACCAGUCAAGACUGAUUCUUCCUUUUGGACGCUAGAGGAUGGCACAAUGCAUAUCACACUAACAAAACGUGAGAAAGGGCACACUUGGCCUUCUCCAAUUCUGGGACAGGGCACACUGGAUCCUUACUCUGCAGAUCUUGAACAGAAACGCCUUAUGUUGCAGAGGUUCCAAGAAGAGAACCCAGGGUUCGAUUUCUCUCAGGCUCAAUUUUCAGGGUCCUGCCCAGAUCCUAAGUCUUUCAUGGGUGGCAUCCGCUUCGAUUGAUUGAGCCUUAUUCCUGUGGGGCUGCUGGCCUAUUCUUAUUUUAAUUUUCAGAGUUCAUUGUUCUGUGCAUUUUGUAUGAUAUUCAAGUGCCUGGUUUGUGUAACAUGUAACAUCAACAUUGAAAGACAUAAUUUAUCUCCUUUAAUUUUUUGGGAGACUUGAAUGGCAUAAUUAAUUUUCGUUAUUA